GCGGUACUAUGUCGGAGAAGAAGCAGAGUUAAAGAAAAAGCACCCUGCGCAUGCGCAACGUACGAGUACAUAUUUCGCGUGUGGAUUGCAAUCGCAAUUGUUGAAAAGUGAACUUGUAAUUACAUCACAUAACCGCGGGCUAAAUAACUGUAGACUAUGCCUCGCCCCGUGCGCCUCCGUGUAACAUGGUGACAACAAUUAAGAUAACCUGCGAUGGCGUGUUCAUCCAAUCGAAUUCCUAUCUUACGCCCACCAUUUCGACCUCGGCAGCAACAACAACAACAGCAACAAGAACUUCCGAACGUGACAAAUCCGCGGGUACUACAUUGAGCAGCUAUUUAAGCGACAAUUCUCAGGGGAUCGGAAGCGGCAGUGGCAGUGGCAGCGGCAGUGGCAGCGGGAGUGGCAACAGCGUGGGCGGCAACAACAAAAAGCUGAUGCAAAACAAGCCACGACACAUAAACGAUACACGCAAACGUUAUUACUUUGGCAGCAAGGAUAUUUAUUGGUGCAAACAGAGUCUCAGCCAGCCGCCAAGUGGCAAGGUGGUCUCACGCAGCGCCAGCACUUUGACUCACAAAGAACUCAGGGCCAAUAGCAACGGCCAGCAGAGUAGCAACAAGCAGCGGCGAAAGCCGCAGCUCCUCUCCAGCAGUCUAAGUGCUGCGUAUGUCCCCGCCUCUACGCAGCGCAAAGAGUUUUACUUUUGUGAUAAGUACGCGCCACAGUCAAGUGGCAACCACCACGGCAUAGUCAAGGCCUCUUCUGGCCAACCAAUGCCUCUGCCCAUUGAUGCUCGCCUUCUGAACUUUUUGCGCACAGCUCAGCGUAAAUUUCAGCGUGCCAGCAACAAUAACAAUAAUAAUAACAACAACAACGGCAUCGUAGAUUUUCAAACAAAACCAAAACCAAAGCGCGGCACUCAACAGCAGCAUAACAAAACCAAAGACAUAACGCAACUACAAAGUAAACCCAACUCCAGCUCCUCGUUGCCGCCCAUCAUUAUCAGCACCGACGAUUGGUUCGACGAGGAAGCUUUAUUAGCAAAAGAUUCCAAAUCGAAGCGGAAACAAGAACAACGAAGAGUAGGGGACGAGCCAACCACCAGAGUUAGUGGCGAAGGCGAUUUAAUAACAGUUGAAAUAAAACAGGGACUACUGAAGAAUAAACAGGUGGAGGGAAGUGCGGCUUUCAAGCCGCCAAGAAAACCAGAAAGCCGGCAAGACCAAGCAGCAACUAAAACAACAACCAAACCAACCUCAGAAAGUGCGACAGCAACAACAAAAGCAAUAGCAGCAGCAGCAGCAUCAUCACCAGUCGCUAAGAAAAGUGCGCAGAGCGACAAAAGCGAUCAAAUCGACGACAACACAGUUAUGAACAGCCACGCGACAGCCACACAGAACGGACAAACAACAGUUGUGGGUCAUCAUCGUGGCUUCUCGCAGCCCUCGGUAGCAGUGGCAGCUGCAACCACAGCUGGGAGUACAGCAGGUGAUCCAUGGUUUCUGCAAACCACCGGGCAUCAAAUGCCACCAACGGCGCCGCUGCGACACAAUAAAAGACCAGCUCCACAGCCGAAUGCCGGCGUGGGUGUUGGCGUCGGUGUUGGUGUUGGUGUAGGCGUAGGUGGAGCAACACCACUGCUGCAUCAACAACAACUGAGCCAAUCGCAGCCACACAUUGUGCCGCCAAACAUACCGCCGCACCACCACCAUCUGCAUCUUCGAGAAAAUAAUGUGAUUCAUGCACUGUCAGCACACAAUGCCGCUGCGGCGAUACAUGCGCUUAAUAGUCAUAAUUUAAUAACCAGCGCCAGUAAUAAUUCGCCCAAAUCGCCGAAUCAGACUCAGCAGCAGCAACAGCACACAAUAGUCGCUGCAGCAGCUGCUGCGGCAUCAACACAGCAGCAGCAACAACAGCAGCAGCAACACGGCCUUUUAUCGACCUUUGCGCCCACGGUAAUAGCGCCAGCUCCGACGUUGGCCGCACAACAAUCGAGCAGCACACACCCACACUCACACAUCCAGCAGCCAGCAUCACAGCCAGUAACGGGCACUGCCGCUGCAGUUGCAGCAGUUACACAACAACAGCAGCAACAACACCUACAACUAAUCUCCAAUUGUGCUUCCAACACCAACAACAGCAGCAGCAGCAACAGCAACAACAAUCUGAUGUCGUCCUCAUUGAAUGCGGCACAGCUGUCGCUGUCGCAUGCGCCGGAGCGUGCGUUGCCGCCGAAAAGCUUGGCACUGAGCGGCGGUCAGCACGGCAGCAACAUGCUGUUGCACACAGUGGGGGCAGGAAGCGGUGGCACGCACGCACACGCCGCGCAGCCGCAUUCGGGCGUCGGUGGCAGCAUGUCAACAUCGCUGCACAGCUUCGACAUCAAUGGCGGCAGCAAUCCAACUGCCUCAUGGUCAAGCGGCUCCACGACGGCCAUGAAUCUAGCCUCUCUCUCGCCCACAAAUGCAUUGGCCCCGCACCAGCAGCAACAGCAACAUCUGCGCAAAUGUGAAGUGAAACUCAAUGCCAUGCCUUGGUUCCAUGGCAGCAUAACACGCGAUGAGGCCGAGCAAUUGUUGCAGCCACGUGAGGAUGGACUCUUCCUGGUGCGCGAGUCAACUAAUUUUCCCGGUGAUUAUACGCUGUGCGUUUGCUUUCAAGGCAAGGUGGAGCACUAUCGUGUUAAAUAUUUGGAAAACAAGCUCACAAUUGACGAUGAGGAAUACUUUGAGAAUCUUGGACAACUGGUAGCGCACUACGAGGCGGACGCGGAUGGUCUGUGCACACAGCUCAUUCAAUGCCUGCCCAAACUGGGCAAACAAGAGUUUUGCAUUAACUCCAAAGAUUUCGUGGACAAGGGUUGGGUCAUACCCGAGGCGGAGCUGCAGCUGCGUGAGAGCAUAGGCAAAGGUGAAUUCGGAGACGUAAUGUUGGGCAUAUUGCGCAACGAUAAGGUGGCCGUCAAGAUGCUGAAGGACGAGGGCGCUGUGCAAAAGUUUUUAGCCGAAGCUUCCGUCAUGACCACGCUUGAGCACGAGAAUUUGGUCAAGUUCAUAGGUCUGGUAUUUACAAGCAAACAUUUGUAUUUGGUUACGGAAUAUAUGAGCAAAGGAUCGCUGGUUGAUUAUUUGCGUUCGCGAGGACGUCAGCACAUAACGAGAAAGGAUCAAAUCCAUUUUGCCUACGACACUGCCUCCGGAAUGGAGUAUCUUGAAGCCAAAAAGGUUGUGCAUCGUGAUUUGGCAGCGCGCAAUGUCCUCAUCUCGGAGGAUUGUGUGGCCAAAGUAUCCGAUUUUGGUUUGGCACGCGAGGAAUGCUAUAAUCUAGAUGUUGGCAAGCUGCCCAUCAAAUGGACAGCGCCCGAAGCGCUCAAGAAUGGCCGCUUCUCCAACAAAUCUGAUAUGUGGAGUUUUGGCAUACUGCUAUGGGAAAUCUAUUCAUUUGGGCGUGUGCCCUAUCCACGAAUUCCACUGGCUGAUGUCGUGAAGCAUGUAGAAGUUGGCUAUAAGAUGGAAGCACCGGAGGGCUGUCCCGCUGAAAUUUACGAAAUGAUGCGACAGGCUUGGGAACUGAAUCCGGCCAAGCGACCAACAUUUUCUGAGCUUAAGAUUAAGCUCCAGCAUCUGAAAAAUGCAACAGCGUGAACCAAUGAGAAAUAUUAACUGAACUAAUAAUUGACCCAACUGGCGUGAAAAAUUGAGUCUUGGAUACAAUGCACGCUGACAACGACUCCGGCUCCGACUCUGACAUUGAACGCAACAAUUUUUCGUAUAUACAUACCUAUAUAUACACAUUUAUAAAUAAUUCACUAUAUAUAUAUUUACAUAUAUAUGUAUUUAUAAAUAAUUUACAGCAAUUUAUUUACAUAUAUAUUUGUUACAGUUUAGUUUAUACCAUAAGUUUUUGUAAGCCUAAGCGGAAACAACACAAUCAAGUGAGGACAAGCAAUGUUAGUGAGUUGCAUUGGAGAUACAUACAUACAUUCAUAAAUACAUACAAAUGUGUAUGGCAUAACUAUAAAAUGAAAACAUAGUUGCAAUUCCCAGUUAUGGAGGAAUGAGAAAGAAUACAGCAACUGUGUAGUUUGCUAAUUAUUAAAAUAUUGCAUAAUGUAAACCGUAGCUAUUUAUAAUUUAUCAUGUAGUCGAAACUGUAUUUCAUGUAGUUUAUGUGUAUGUUUUCGAAAGCCUUCUGUUAUGCAUUACAACAAAAAAUCUGUACACUUACACACACAUUUCUUGCUAUACUAUAUUUGUUUUUGUUUCUGUAUAUGUGAAGAAUACGCAUACAUAUGAAAUUGUUUAUAUAAUCAUGUUUUUUUUUUAAUUAAAUGUUAAAUAACAAUCACAUAAAUAUACUUCUAAAGAGCUAUAUUACACACAUAAACUACUUUAGGCUUACAAGUUUUUAUCAACUUUUGUACAAUUUCUGUUAAGCUCUUCUGUUUGUAGCACAACUUGUUCAACAAGCCAAUUAGUUAAAUUUAGUUACAUUUAUUUGUAUUAAAAAUCAAAAUUUGAAAUGAAAAAAAUUGGCCUAUUCAUUGGUCAAACAAAAACAUAAAUGCAGCUUUGAAGCUGCGUGUCCUUACAAAAAAAUUAAAAAAGAAAAACAACCUUUUAAUAAUAACAGCAAGGACCGCAUUCAACUUCAACACUUGUGAAAAUAUGCAUUACAUAACAAAUCAAUAUAGAUACAUACUAUAACUAUAACAUAAACUUUACAAACUUAGAGCAUAUGAGAUGAUUAAUCGGAUAAUAAUAAUAACGAGUAAAACCUAACAACUACAAUUAAAUGAUUGGAUGAAAUGAUGUCUAUGUAUGUACUAUAUAUUCAUUCGAAGCUUAUCGCAUCGCAUUCUGCCGUCUAAACGUCGUAGUUCAACUAUGAAUCUCUAAACUCUACACCCACACACCCCACAACCCAUGCUUUAAGGCUGUCAAGCAAUGCGAAGUGGCUUCAACUUGUAAUUUAUUAUUAUGCGUGUACUCGCUUGUACAUUUAUGUGUUUCUUUUAAUUGCAAUUAACACUUUUGCUUUAAACAUAAGUUUUACUUUAUACACAAACAAUCACACGUCCACAUGACAUAAUUAUUAAUUCACAUAGUUAUUAUUUUUUUAACUUAAAGCAAACACAAAAACACAAUAUUGUAAAACCGACGCUAUUAAAAGGCGCAAAAAUUACAAAAACAAAACAAAAAACGAUGCACGAACACUUCAAAAUUCAAGAUCUUGAAGCAGACGAGACUUUUUAAUAAAAGGGAGAACAUUUAA